AUGGCCCCGUCAUACGCGCAGGAUCAUGGCUUACAGCCUGAUUCUCAGCCACCAACGGUUGCUGCUUUUUCGCCCAGUACCAUUUCAGGCUCAUCCUUGACGUCCAGACAACGUUCCAGCAUAAUCGUACAUCGCAAAUCUCCCCUUCUUGUGGCUACACCUCCGGCCAUCACUCGAGCUCUGGCCUAUUCUCAUCCUUUUAUACUUCCUUUGAAUAAACUCGCCGGCUUGCUCACGUGGACAACGGACGACCCAUGGCAAAGCUUCCUUCUUGUGGCGGCAUUUUGGACGGUGGUCCUGUACAGCGAUGCGAUUAUUCUUUGGGGCGGUCCAAUGAUAGUCGUCAUCGGGCUAAUCCUCGGCAUGUAUUGGAGACGCUUCUCUCCGUUAUCGACGGCAGCAUUCACGGACGAGAAACGACAGCACCAAAAGAGUGCCUCUGAGAGUUCUUCGCAUCAGCAUGAGACUUUGGAUGAGAUUGUCGAGACAUUAAGAACUUUCACGACUCGGUGCAACAUCCUCCUGGAGCCUCUCCUUGAGCUUACGGAUUUCCUAUCAACCCAGAGAACGGCGACCUCUGCGACUACAAGACCCGCUCUCACUACUAUGUUCAUACGGAUUCUUUUUGUGACUCCCAUCUGGAUCGCAUUGACCCUUCCGCCCUUCUAUAUAAUCACAACUCGCCGUGUUGUCAUGACUAUAGGCACCAUCAUUCUCACCUAUCACUCCCGACCAGCAAGAGUAUCACGAGUCAUUUUAUGGAGAUCCCUGACUGUUCGCCGUAUAUGUUCCAUGAUUACCGGUCUUUCAUUUUCUUUAGAUGCCAAUAAACCUCAGUCCCUCUGGGCUCAGAGCCACGGUCAUGCUGCAACUAUUGCAACGAGGCGGCGAGGGGAUUCCUCCGGUGUUCGCUUCACCUUUGUGCUUUACGAGAAUCAACGCCGGUGGCUCGGAAUUGGAUGGACAUACUCUCUGUUUCCCUCUGAGCGCGCUGCAUGGACCGAUGAACAUCUGAACCCGGCUCCGUCCAAGGAUGAUUUUGAACUCCCACAUGUACAGGCUGGGAGUGCCAAGUGGCGCUGGGUCGAGGGCAGCGAGUGGCGUAUUGAAGGAGCUGAUGAUACGAACAGCAAGGCAGAUGGUAAAGCAGCGGAUGGUGGAGGAUGGAUCUACUAUGAUAACAAGUGGAAUGAUGGCCGUCGUGGGCAAGAUGGUUGGGAUCGUUAUACUCGUCGUCGCAAAUGGUGCCGCGACGCUGAACUCGUCGAGAUACCACAAGCGACUGAAAACACGCCGGCUACGGCCAAGUCUAGUUUAACACAGGCGUUGGAUAAUGAGAGGGAGUCGGGGAACAUUGACGCUUCAACAGUCGAUACCGAUGCCGUGAGUCUUGCCCCGUCAGCCUCCUCCAAGGCGCGGAAAAGACGUUGGUUCGGGGGUUCGAAACCUGUAAGCGACAAAGCCAGUAGCACUUCCUUUGCGCUACCAGUCUCCACCAAUACAUCCUCCGUGGACGCUGGAAAAAUAACCUCUUCCACCAGUUACAACCCCUCGGGAACCCCCGGCUCGAGACCGAUUGACAUGGCGCACUCUCGGAAGCCAUCGAACUAUUCCGGCAACGCAAGUCAUAGCAGUAUGGGCCGAGACAGCAGUGUUGCGGGGAGUGUCUCGCAUAGCGACAGUGCCAGCAUUCGAGAUAAGGAAAUUGUCCACGCUCAAGAUCGUCUAGACCGCUGGGGUACUCGAGCUACAGGUGGUAUUGAGCGAGCGGAGCGAGAACUGGGGCUGGGUGACGAGGUCAAUAUGGGAUUGAGUUAA